AUAUUUGUGCAGUUUUGUCUGUUCAUUGCUCUUAUUUUACUCUAGAUUAAGAAUGCAACAACUUUGGAAGAACUCUUGGAACUUGCAGAUAAGCACGCUAGCAUGCUUCAGACAGCAGGAUGCUAUCGAUGCCUGAGGACAAGGGAGGAUAAGGAACAAGUUGUUAAUGAUUACAUCCAGUGGUAUUUCACCUACCGAAACCAUGUUUCCUUCCACAGGUUCAAGGACGGCCUGGCUACCCUGAACCUUUUCAAUGCUCUGGAACAACAUCCCUCCCUGUUCCUGCCUUACUUGGUUUACAGCGCGGAAGACCUGAAAGCAGAGACUCUAGAGGCGCUGUUCCGUCCACAAAUGAGCCCAACUGGUAGCUCAAACCGCCAGGAGGAGGAGAGAGUGCUUGGCUACUGGCUGGACUACUUAAUCGCUGUAAAAGAGGAAGCAUCUGGGCUGUCCCUGCAGGACGUUCUGAUGUUUGCAACAGGCCUAAAAGAAAUCCCAGCAGCAAAAUUAACACCACAGCCUCAACUCACAUUCCAGAAACACUCAAGGUUUCCUGAGGCUAAUGUCUGCUCAAACACAUUGAAACUCCCGAUAUUACCCUCAUAUGAGAUGUUUUAGGAAGCCAUGAGUUAUGGAAUAAAGAACUCCCCUGGAUUUGGU